UUACCACCUCGCGGAACCUGGCAAUCAGGAGAAACAAACACUUCAGACGUCCUUCGGCUCAUCUCCUGCUACGGGCGACCAGGUGUCCGCCAGCUUAUUUUGUUAAAAUGGCCCCUUCUUCGCACGACACGGCCGACCUCUCGCCCAACUCGUCGUCCUUCCUAUCCUCAACCUCCCAUCCAGUCACCGCAGGUUCGGUGCGAAGAAAUCUAUUUUCUGCACAUCUAUCACGACGCCCAGCCUCGGGGGCGCAAUCGCAAUCACAGUCCAACAGUCAAGCUCGACGGCACGAAUCACAGUCACAAACCCAGGGGCAGCAGCAGUACGGGAGUAACCUCCCGCGUUUACGAGGCCACCAACGCUCAGUAUCCACGCCGUCGCUCUCCCCCUCCCCGCCACGGUCGUCUCCUUUUCACGAUCCCGCUAAUAACGGCACCAGCUCUGCUUUUGUCCCACCUCCAAUACCGCAGCUGUCACCUCCUCACCGCGCGGCGCUAGUGGAUGGCUACGAUCCUACAAUUUCUCCCCAUAGGCCGCUCAGUCCUCGAUCCUCCGCUUCCCUCUUCCCUAAUCAAUCGAUCGUUGCAUUGAAUCCGCUCACAGGGCGUCCGGUGCUGCCCAAGCUCCCCGUGCUGCCUGGCAGACUGAGACUGACGGACUCGGACGACGGGCUCGGAGAAGAGCAGGGGGGCGACGGAGGAGACGAGGAGGACGCCGAGGAGCUAGGUAACGCGCAGGAUCACGGUUUCUCCGAGGACGACUUCCACAACCCGGCUGUCCAAUCCGACACCAGACGCACGGGACGCCGGGGAGCGCAACGUCACGUCGCCUAUGACGACUACCCGUCCCACAUUUCAAGAGCGGACCACGAGCAUGCCGCGGUGAUGGCGGCGGCCGCCGCCGCCGCCGAGGCCGAGGCGGACGAAGAACGACGAGAUCGCGAACGCAUCGAGCGGCUGUUGCGCGAGAUGAUGGCAAGACAACGCGCGCGAGCCAAAGGAAAAGUCUCGACUUCGACUGCCGUUGAUGAGGACGAGGAGGCUGAGAAAGACGAGUUGAUGGGGUUAAUCAUGGGCAGUUUACGCAGGGAGGUGGCCAGGGCGGAGGAAGAAGCCUGGAUGUUCGGCGAGUCCUUGGGCAUGGGAGCGAUGGCAGGGCGGGACGAGGUGGGCGUGUACGAUUAAAGAGAAAUUCUGUGGCAUUUACAAAAUCGCGAGUUUGACGCCCCUCGUUUUCCCUUUGUUCUUACGCACCAUGUAUAUUACAGCGUGGAAGUACUCUUUUAUGAGGGGCGCGUUUUCAUCAUUAUCACCACGAUCAGGUCUGGCGUCUGGAGUCUGGAGUCCAGAGGCCCAGCCACAAAGGGACGAAAGAGGUGCUGUGGGAAAAGCGAGAGACUGUUUUGCGGCAUUACGAGAUCCACGAUUCCAUGAGCGGGUAUGAAGCCUGUACCAAACACAAUGGCACUGAUACCGGAAGUCACGCGCAUCCGCACCUGUAAUGUUUGUCCGGUUGGACGGG